AUGUCGACCCGUUCAGCCUGGCGAGCACUGCACUACAGUGCCAAGCGUCGCACUGUCCAGCCCACCACUCCAUACCGCUGUUUUUCCUGCACCCGCGCUGCGCAGGAUCAGCCUAAAUCGGAUCAGGAACGCCUGACACAUUUCGGAUUCAGAAAUGUGCCCGAGUCAGAGAAGGAGUCACGAGUCGGCGCUGUCUUCAGCUCCGUCGCUUCCUCGUACGACCAGAUGAACGACCUCAUGUCCCUAGGAAUCCACCGCCUCUGGAAAGAUCACUUCGUGCGCUCGCUGAACCCCGGCUCACCACUAUCUGCGCGAAUCAACAGCACCGAGAAGAAAGGCUGGAACAUCCUCGACAUCGCCGGCGGGACCGGCGACAUCGCCUUCCGCAUGCUUGACCACGCCACCAACAUCAACCACGACAUCGAAACCCGCGUCACGAUCAGUGACAUCAAUGCCGAGAUGUUAGCUGAAGGCCGCAAGCGUUCCACCCAAACCCCUUACUACAACACAGACCGCCUGUCCUUUGUUGAGGCCAACGCAGAGCACAUGCCGCAUAUCCCGGAUAACUCUGUUGAUUUGUACACUGUUGUUUUCGGUAUCCGGAAUUUCACUGACAAGCAGGCUGCACUGAACGAGGCUUUCCGCGUGCUUAAGCCUGGUGGUGUCUUUGCCUGCAUGGAGUUCAGUAAGGUCGACAACCCACUUUUCGAUGCUGUGUACAAGAGGUGGAACUUUGGUGCUAUUCCUAUGAUUGGUCAGCUUGUUGCUGGUGAUCGCGAUAGCUACCAGUAUCUCGUUGAGAGUAUUGAGAAAUUCCCCAGUCAAGAUGAGUUCCGCGGUAUGAUCCAGAAGGCAGGAUUCAUGAUUCCUGGUGUUGGAUACGAGAACCUUACUAUGGGUAUUGCUGCUAUUCACAAGGGUAUCAAGCCGGUUACUCGAGCUUAA